UCGGCCAGCUACGUUAUAAAGCAGAUUUAUUUCACCGUUCACAAUGAAAUUGUUCGUAGUUCUAUUUGUGACGCUGUUCGCGGUUGUUUUCUCGGCACCGCAGGGACCCACUCCGGUGCCAAUUGUGAGUGAAAAUUCCGCCAUACAGCCUGACGGUAGCUUCCAAUAUUCUUUCGAAACCGGAGAUGGAAUAAAGGCCCAGAAUCAGGGAUCGUUUAAGAAAGUCCAUGUGUCGAAGGCUGACGGCAGUGGAACCGAAGAGGUACAGGCACUCGUUCAAACCGGAAGCUUUUCCUAUCCGUCACCUGACGGGAGCCACAUCGAGUUGAAGUAUACCGCCGAUGAGAACGGAUUCCAACCUGAGGGAGCCCAUCUGCCUGUGGUAACCCACGCCUGAAGGACACGUUCAAUUGAAACACAUCACGAAUACUCACAACAACAAUGAGUUAGGAAUGACUACAAAUACAGAAUCGAGCUUUUCUAUUUAGACCACUCCAAAUAUUCGCAAUAUCAAUCGCAAUGUAUGCUACUAAAAUUAAACGCAUUCAAGUUUAUUCCACUCUCAAUCCCCCCAAAUCAGUGUAUCCCAACAAUCGCUAAAAUGUUUUGACAAAUACCGCUCAAUUCAAGUUAACGAUCGUUUGGUCAAGUUGACCUCAAGUCAGCCGCGUGAUUGCUGCACUUGUUCAUCUCUGGAGAAUACACUAGACCCUCAGCAUCAAUAUUUACAUCCACAUAACAGAUUCGAUCGUUCCUCAUUUCUCAGUUGAAAUAGGCCAGCUACUGAAAGAAAAAAAAAAACAACAACGAUAUAUUACGCAAGUUGAUUGCUGUAUUUUCACUUCGUGCCGUGCCAGGCGGGUUAAAUGAAACAAUCAGCCGUAAUAUACACAGGCGCGAAUGAAAACAAACAGAAGCCCCCGCCGAUCCGACCCGGAGCAAGGCGCUUGAGAUUUUACUGUAUCGUAAUGACAGCUGUUUGACGACUUUUUUCCUAGCCAACUGAAGUGCAUUUGCAUCAAGAGCAGUCUAUUCAGAGCGUGGAACUAUCAGAGGCUUAGCCGGA